UUAUAUGAACUGUUACUCAGUCAAAUAUUUGAAAUUGUUGAUUGUUGCGUUUAUAUUUUUGUUCAGUAUAGAUUGAUCCUAUAUAGAUUGGCCCUAUAUGGAUUGACCCUAAAUAUACACUCACCGCCCAGUUUAUUAGGUACACCACCCCGUUCAAGAAAAUGGAACGCUCCUACAGACAGUGAAUCAGGCAGAGCAGGCAGACAGGCAUCGAGGCAAUGUUACUGUUCAAUUAAAUGUUAGAAUGGGCAAAAGGAGUGAACUAAGCGACUUUGAGCGUGGUAUGAUCGUUGAUGCCAGGCACACCAUCGUUGAUGCCAGGCACACCAUCGUUGAUGCCAGGUACACCAUCGUUGAUGCCAGGCACACCAUCGUUGAUGCCAGGUACACCAUCGUUGAUGCCAGGCACACCAUCGUUGAUGCCAGGCACACCAUCGUUGAUGCCAGGUACACCAUCGUUGAUGCCAGGCACACCAUCGUUGAUGCCAGGUCCAGUAUCUCAGAAAUGUCCGACCUUUUCACACACGACAGUGUGUAGGGUUUCCCUAGGCUGGAGUGACAAAACAAAAAACAGAGUUACAGAGCGAGGGGAAACUGUACGGUUGAGGUUCAAGGUGCGAGUUGUCCAUUGAAAUCUGGCAACUUGGACCUCAACCCUACAGUUCUCCCUCGCUCUGCGUUUUUGAGUGUCAGGAGAGGACACUUUUCAUCCCAAAGGAUUACUCUCCAACAGGUUCCCCAAAGACAUGGAAAACGUUAACCAUUAGUGGGGGAAAAAAACUAAAACUGACCCAAGAUCAGCAUCUAGGGACAACUUAACACUGCUCCACCUGUGACAUAAUGAAAGGCAGGGGCAGGAGUUUUUCCUCACCACGUGACCAGACCAGGGAACACCUCCUGGCCCUAGAUUUAAGGGGAAUGGCAUGGCUUCACACUAGUGGGGUUUUCAUAUGAAAACUAGCUCUAUGUGUUUUGAACCGUUUGAAUGGUUUCCACAUUGAACACUACCCUCUGUGUGUAGUGGUUGUGUUUUCAGUUCAACUGUCUUGAUGCUUGAUCCAGAGUGGACUGAUAAUGUAUAAGUUAUGACAAGUAAAUAUUUUAAAUAUCCUUAUGAAUGUGUAUAGGUGAACAGUAAUUAAAAAAUGAUUUCCAUUUGCCUGUCAACAAUAUACUUUAGAUUUACUAUCAGAUUGAUAGGCUGUAAAGAUGUUGAUGGAAUUCAUAUAUAUGAAUAGUAGGCUAGUUUGUCAUACUGUUGUAAUUUACUUUUUUUUCAAGUCAAUUAACUGUUUGUCGUUUAUUUCUAUUAGAAAUACUAGAAAUAGUUAAAUGCUUUAUUUGAGAAAAAUCAUGAAAUAUUGUUUACACCAGAAAACAUGUUUAUUAUGGAGCUCCAACAUUGUUGUUAUUGUGGAGCACUCCUAUACAGUAGGUGGCGGUGUCCAAUUUUCAAGUCUAGCAUAUGAUUACAUUACUGUGAUGAGGAACAGGAAAAAUAAUCUCACCAGCGAGCUACAAACAAAGCUAGCUAGCUAUCCAUGUUUAGUUUAUGAUAUUAUUGUAUUUGUUUGAAUAGCUUGCUAGAUACUCAUAAUAUAGAAAACAUAAAGACUGUUAUCAUAUUGAAAAGGGACCAAAAGCGUCGGGGGACAAUGUCGGGUUCCGUGGUCGAGUUCCAGGCGCAGAUAGCCUCAAUCAUGGAGGUGCUAGCCAACGCGGCUGUUGCCGAAAUCUGCAAAGUUGUUGACGAUGGCUAUGCGGUUGUACACCUGAAGAUGUCCCAAAGCCACAAGGAGAACGAAUUUCUACGGAGGAAAAUGAAAUUGAUGGAACUUCAGGUCGCGAGGUUUCGAGCAGAUAGAACAAAGUCUUCAGAGGGGUCCGUCCACAACCGCUUCCAUGGAAUACGCCUCCUAAACAGACACAACCAUCGUGAGACGGCAACGACAGGACCUACUUGGCAAAACAGAGCCAGACUUUCCAACAGGAGUUUUGGGAACAGCAGCAUUCAAAGAGACAGACAGCCCAUAGACGUGGACCAAGACGAUGUCUCUACAUCAAAGCAUAUAGAUGCUACAGGUGAUGAGCAGUCAGCAGAGACAGAGGAAGUGGAACCAGACCUGCUGAUCAUCAAGGUGGAGGGAGAAGCAGAUGACCAGGACUCUAGGAUCAGCCACCCAGCUAGAACAGUGGAGGGCAGCAGAGAACUAACCACCCAACUGGCUGCAGCCACCACAGAGGACCCCGCCUUCCAGUCCAGUGGCCCCAGAGGCAACAACAACUACAACAACACUGCUAUGGAGGACAAAUCUACUGUGGAAGGGGAGAGAGACCUCCAGCAAUGGAAGAAAGAAGAGGGUCUGAGGGAGAUCCCAGGCACUGAUAGUGGUCACAGAAUGACAGACCCAAACACACCGACCUCUCUAGACACGGACCAAAAAGAGCUCACUGAGCAGCUCCGAACCAAACACAGUAUAAUGACUGUCAACAGAUCAGACACUGUUUUCAAGUCAGACCCGGAGCCUGAGAGCCUGAGCCAGGUGUUUCAACUCACAGGUCCAAGACCUGUUGCUAAACAGCAGUGUAGCCUGAACCCCGAGAGAACAACCGAUCUGCCUGUAAACUCCCAUAAGCGAAGAGGCAGUGAUACAGCGAAUGAUCGGCCGUCUUGUUCUAGUUAUGCUGCCGAGACGGUCUCAGGAAGCCCCUCGCCUCUCACAAAGCUGAACCCUAUUCCCCCACUUUCUCAGAUGGUGAGGAGUGAACACGAGUAUUCCCAGGUCGAUUCAGAAGUCAUAGUUAUCGACCCCCUUCCUGUUGACGAUGGGGAUGGCACGCCCUCGUCGUGGAGACAAGGUGACGUCAUGGAACACGGGCAUCAUCAAGGAGGACAUAGUGAAGCAGAUGCCAUGCUUCUUGGAGGACAUUCGAGUAACACUUAUCAUCUUCAUCAUCAUCCUCACCCAGGUGUCCAGCCAGCAGCGAGACAGAACUCAUCUGACAAUCACUUCUACACCAUCGGCAUGGACGGCGCUUUCCACAACCGCCUCGGCACCUUUCAGAACCCCGCAACCACCGCCACUCCAUACGCCACGGGAACCGAGGAGCUGCAGUACCCCACCUGGGUGGAUUUCCCUGGGAGCACCCCCGACACCCACCUGGGCGACGUGACUGGGACUCAUCAGGACAGAGGAUCUAGGGAGGAGGGGGCGAGGUCCUACAGGUGCACCUUCUGUGAGAGGGAGUACCCUCACCUGUGCCAGCUCAAGAUGCACCAGAGGGUUCACACGGGGGAGAAACCGUACGAGUGCGCCCUGUGUGGGAAGCAGUUCAGCCAGCUGUGCAGCCUGAAGCGGCACCAGAGAGUACACACAGGGGAGAAACCUUUCAGAUGCGCUCAAUGCGGGAAACAGUUCUCUCAUUCCAGCAAUUUAAAAGUGCAUCAGAGCGUCCAUACGGGUGAGAAACUGUUCCACUGCACCCAGUGUGGGAAGAACUUCUCCUUUCUGAGCAAUCUGAUAAGACACCAGACAGUUCACGCACGGAAAUUAUAGGUUGUGUUGUGAUUUGGGAUUGUGUUUUCUGAAUUGAUUGUAAAUUGUAUGUGUAUGAUUGCUCUGGCUUAAAGGUUGUUACCUGUUUAUUUCUCCCCUGACUGUUAUUUUGUAUUCUGGAGCCUUUUGUAAAAAUGUUAUAAAAAGAAGUGACACUAAAUGUUUGACUGCAGAUUAUUAUAUUGGUUCAUGUUGGUUAUUUUUGUCUAAAAUGUUCAACUUAUUGUAUAAAUUCCUACAGUAUUUGUGACGCAAAGUGUUGAAAAUAAUCAGGCAAAACUAAGAUUUUGUCACAAUCAACAUGCUUGUGUUAAAGUUAAAAAGAAAUAAAGCAACUCAUGGGAAAUUUG